CUCCGUUUUUGUGAAUGACAAACUCAUUAACAAUUCAUCAACACCGGGCCGCUCCAUCCGGCCCCCGUUUCCAAGGCGACCGCUGCUGAGCCUCCUCCGAUUGGUCGGCCGGCGCAGCGUAUCCAAUGAGGACGCUCGGUGUGUGUAGCCAUUCAGCAGCCGAGCGCCGCAGAGAGAGCUCAGCCAGCCCCGGAGUGAGAGCAGCGUCUAUUCACAACGAGUUGAGGCAGCAGCAGAGGAGAAAGGAAGGAAGGGAAAAGAGCCGCAUCCGCCAAGCCACUUGGAGCUGACCGUAUGCUCACAGCACCUCCACAUCAACCGCAGUUUAGACUGGAUCUCAGCAAAGAAAGACGGUAGUGGGGAAGCUGCUGCGCCGCGGACGGUGGAGUUAUAUAAGCGCAGAGGAAGCGUCGGGCUCGCUGCAGGGCCGCUGUGACUCAUUGAGAAAUAACUCGGGCUCUCCAGGCUGAUGCAUGAAUGAGCGCCACUGAAGACAACCCGCAGUCAGGAAAGACGAACUGAUCGUUUUCCGCAAGAGGCACGCAGGUCAAGCAGGGACAUCUGCGUUGAGAGAAUAUUAUUAUUCUUUUAAACUUUUUUUCCUUUUUACAUCACAUUCAUUUAUUCUAUUGAACAGCGGUUUGGACAAAAAAAAAAUCUUCUUUUUACCACUAAACUUCCCUCUUAUUCCCCCCUUCAAAACCGCGUUUCGCACUCCUGCUUAUAAAUGCUCGACAAGCUGAAACCCGUCGUCCAGCUCGACUCGGUAAUGGCGAUCAGCAAGACGGUGGGCUGGCUCCGGGAGCAGCUGGAGACGCGCAGGGACGGCCUGCUGGUGAUGGACUGCCGGGCCCAGGAGCUGUACGAGUCGUCGCACGUCGAGACGGCGAUCAACGUGGCCAUCCCGAGCCUGAUGCUGCGCCGGCUCAAGAAGGGCAACCUGCCCGUGCGCUCGCUGCUCUCCGACGGGGAGGACCGCGAGAGCUUCGUGCGCCGCUGCAAGACGGACACCAUCGUGCUGUACGACGAGUACAGCAGGGAGUGGAACGAGAACGUGGACGGGGGGUCGGUGUUGGGGCUGCUGCUGAGGAAGAUGAAGGACGAGGGGUACAAGGCUUUCUACCUGGAGGGCGGCUUCAGCAAAUUCCAGGCAGAGUUUCCAGCCCUGUGCGAAACCAACCUGGACGGCUCCUCUAACAGCAGCAGCAGCUCUCCCACCACGGCUCAGGUGCUGGGCCUCGGAGGCCUGCGCAUCAGCUCGGACUCCUCCGACAUUGAGUCGGACAUCGACCCUAGCAGCGCCACGGACUCGGACGGCAGCCCGCUGUCCAACCCGCAGCCCUCCUUCCCCGUGGAGAUCCUGCCGCACCUCUACUUGGGCUGCGCCAAAGACUCCACGAACCUGGACGUGCUGGAGGAGUACGGCAUCAAGUACAUCCUCAACGUGACGCCCAACCUGCCCAAUCUGUUCGAGAACGCGGGGGAGUUUAAGUACAAGCAGAUCCCCAUCUCCGAUCACUGGAGCCAGAACCUCUCGCAGUUCUUCCCGGAGGCCAUCAGCUUUAUCGAUGAAGCUCGGGGUCAGAAGUGCGGCGUCCUGGUCCACUGCUUGGCCGGCAUCAGCCGCUCAGUGACCGUGACCGUGGCCUACCUGAUGCAGAAGCUCAACCUGUCCAUGAACGACGCCUAUGACAUUGUCAAGAUGAAGAAGUCCAACAUCUCCCCCAACUUCAACUUCAUGGGCCAGCUCCUGGACUUUGAGCGCACGCUAGGCCUGAAGAGCCCGUGCGACAACCGCAUGGCGCCGCCGAGUCAGCAGCUGUACUUCACCACCCCCACCAACCACAACGUCUUCCAGCUGGACCCCCUGCAGUCCACGUGAGGUUCCAAACAUCAGUGCCUCCUUGUCGCUGAGGGUUGGGGGGGAAUGUAAGGCUACCACCCUGAAUUCUCCUCUACUUGUUGAAAAAGUUGCAAAAAAUUUCUCGUUUCUCCAUCAU